AUUAUUAGUGAUUAUUUUUGAUAAAUGAUAACAUAUUUUAAGUUAUUGAAAUUAAUGUAUUACGACAUUUUUUGAAUAACAGUUAAUGUAAAAAUCUUUGCAGAUAAAGCUUAAAUAUAAAAUACAAUCUAACAAAGUUUAUCUCACUGUAUGAAACACUUUUAAUUUUAUAAACCAAUAAUGAAUGUAAAUUCAAGCAACGUUGGUUUACUGGAUUCUACAAAACACGAAACCGAUGUUGAAACCAAAAUUAUAGAUAAUAAUCAACAAAAAGAAAUCACCAUUCAAGAACUGAUCGAAAUGGGAUUUCCUAAAACAGAUGUUAUUAAAUUAGUAGAAGCUGCUGGAAAUAUCUCAAAAGACUUGAUCAUAGAACAAUUGUUAUUACACACAAAUUCUAUGCCUAGUGAUUCUAUACCUGUUGUAGAUGACGACGGUGAUAUUUUAUGGGAAGAUGUAGAAAUACCCUACAAAAUGGUGAUUGUAAUUAAUGUCGGUCUUAAAAUGAGUAUAGGGAAAAUUGCCUCUCAGGCUGCACAUGCAGCAUUAGGUUUGUAUGAAAUUAUUAAAGGAAAUAAAAAUCUUAAACAUGAUUUUCAAAUUUGGGAUGAACAAGGAAGUAGAAAAAUUGUAUUAGAAGCCAAAAACACUUCAGAACUCAUUAAACUAUGCAAUGCUGGAAAAUUACAUUGUGUACCAUAUUAUUGUGUUCAUGAUGCCGGUCUUACAGAAAUAGCAAGCAAUUCAUUCACUGCUCUAGCAUUUUUUGGAAGUAAUGUGCAGUUAAAACCUAUCACUGGAAAGCUUAAAUUACUAAAAUGAAUAUGAUUUGUAAAAUUAAAUAUAUAUUUUAUUUAUUUAUCACUCAAUAAAAUGCUGAUAAACUUCAAAAUUA